CGCAGGCGCGAAACUUGAUACGCACGACUAAAUUCGAAUACACACUUCUGAUUUGUUCGUUCAGCUUGCCUAUCUUGGACUCUUCGCACAAUGGUUUAUUGUGGAAAGGCUUCCCAGGGUUGCCAAAACUGUCGAACCCGACGUAUAAAGUGCGAUAAAAAACGACCAGAAUGUUCUCAGUGCAUUCGAGUGGGCAAGAAAUGCCCCGGUUAUCGAGAUCAACUAUCGCUUAUGUUCCGAGAUGAGAGCAGUAAGGUCAUACAAAAAGCACACGCCCAAUGGGGAUCUUCGGGCUCUCCUACAGACGUAACUGGGGGUUCGUCGUUAGCCUCAUCCUCAUCCUCUACUUCCACAUGGGCACAAGGGUCGCCAGCAUCUACUUCUACUUUUGACAGCCCGCCGGCGGAUACACCAAUCGCGCCACGCGAUCUUUCGCCUGUGAGGAUACCGAGGAAGGUAGACCUGAAUGUGGACCAACAGGGGAUGCAGUUCUAUAUCAAUCGUUACCUCAUGAAUCACCCAGACUCGCCUAAAACUCGCGACCAGGUAGCUGCGUAUUUCUCGAGCGCGGAUGCCGCUCAAAACGUUAUGGUAGCCGUAGGUCUCGCUGGCAUGUCAAAUUUGCUGGGAAACAAGAACAUGAACCUACUUGCACGAUCUAAAUACGUUACAGCCUUAAAACAAACUGGGCAACUAAUAGCAAGUAAUAACCCUGCCGGCCUCAUAGCUCGUCUUCGGAGCGUCGUGACACUCGCAUUAUUCGAGGUUGUUCAAGGCAAAGGGCCUAAAGGGACAGUGGGUUCUGCUAGUACACAUAUAAAUGGCGCCGUGGCUGUAUUACGAUCCGUACUGCCUCUCCCGCAUUCCCCCAAUGGAGGCGCACAUGGCGUCUUACAAUUAUUGUUUUCAUCGUUUAUCCCGUACCACAUGAUGGAAUCGCCUCUGCCACCCAGCUUCUUCGAAACCCUUGAGUUCUGUAAGCAGCUCAUGCAGGAUGUUCCGGAGGGCUGUUCCGUCGAUUUGGGGCUUGCUAUUGCUCGAUUACUCCAAUUAUUAAAAAUAACCGAGCGUACUAUUCUUAUUGAUGAGCGGCCAGACACCGAUGAUCUGAUACAUCAGUUUCUUCAUUUGGACGAUGUAUUUGACGCCUUAGAAAGUCGCUUGUUAGAAGCGUUCCCCUUUUCGCAGAAUCAGGGGGAGUACCCAUCACAGGCAGUUUUCCGUGGGAAGUGGCAUAAGUAUAAUGAGGUUUGGGGUGCCCGGAUAUGGAACCAUUACCGAUGGGCCCGUAUCCUAGGUAUACAGAAACUUGUCAAGUUUAUGACCGAUUGUCCUAUUUCAUGUAGCCGGAUCAUACCUACGGCUCGGAGAACAAGAUGCUAUAUAACCGUCGAGCGGCUCGCCGAAGAUAUCCUUAUAAGUACGCCAUCGCAUUGGCAUCAUCCGAUGCUAGACCGAGGAGACACUGAAAAGUUUGAAGCGGGAGGGGUUGGUAAUUCUGGGGCAGUAGGCGUGCCUAGUCUACUUUGGCAUCUCACAGUGGCUGGAUGCGCCCCUAACGUGCCACCGGAGUAUUGGGAAUGGGCCAACAAUGUUCUACUAGUGAUUUGGAAGCAGAUGGGGAUGCAGCACGCAUUUGCAUUGUCGGAACUCAUGGAAGCGCAUCGGACCAGGUUAGAUAAAGAGCUUAUCAAACAAGAAGUGAAGCUCGAGGGAGAAGACUCAUAAAAACAGAGCAUAUUGAUUAGUUUAGAAUACUGACCUCUAGGCGGUAUAUUCGGAAAGGCGUUCGCAGGCGUGGCCGGAUCUUGGGUACCAUCAUCUACUCAACAUUUGGGCAUAUUUACGGUAGGGCAUAUAGGCGGAUGGCAUACACAGUCAUAUUGGAGAGAAUAGGUUAUUUAAAUACGCAAAAAUAUCCAUAUCUUCAUUCAUAGAACACA